GGCCCUUGAAUUGUGGUGGUUGUGGUGGUGGUUGUGGUGGUGGUGCUGGUGGGGGGGGGGCCCUCGCGAAUGUUUUGCCCAGGGGCCCACACAACCCAUAAUCCGUCCCUGGCCAGUGACUCGAGAAUUGAUUUUUCCCUCCUUGCAGCAAAUGAUUCAUGCUGCGUGAGAGAAAGUGAUGUUCUUUAUAAAUGUAACACUGACGAGAUCCUUAAAAUAUUGUGUUAAUCAGAACUGGCGAGAACCUAAAAAUAAAAUACAAAAUUGUAUCAUCUAACCGUAAAUAUGAUUUUCACGAACCCGCCUCUCCAAACAGCGGUAUCACCAGUUUAUUUUUAUUUGUUUUAUAAAACACCUGCCGAUAUGUGUGCAUCUCAAUAGCCCAAUAGCAGAAAGAAAAGUUGCGUUUCUGUCUUAACAAUGUCCUAUGCGCUUCAGUACUGUCUACUAUGGACUAUUCCAGGGUGCUUCUUUGGGGAAAAUUAACUGAAGUUGUGAUAUACUGUGACAUGUGGCACAUUUAGAGAGGUGUGUGUAUUCCAGGGGCGUCGGGAAUAGGGGGAAUGGGUCCACCUAUGUCGGCAGAACCCCGUUCCUAACCAAUAAAUAAAUGAAUGAAUAAAUAAAUACUUAAUUAACAGCGCGUUCCUUUUCUUUAAUAUAUAAAUCGGCGCGUUACUGAGGACAAUUACCUGCGCAUUCAGAGCACAAGGACGAAACCUAAAGAUGACUGUAAUAAUGUAUCAGACAAAAUCAUUGUAUCAUAUGGGUCAGUUAUUUUUUAGUUAAGUGUUGUUUGGUUAUGAAACUGUACCCUUAACGACGAUAGUCUUAUUUUAAAUGAGCAGUAUGAGCCGACAACAGCGGUAAGAGACUAAGAGAGGCUCAGACCAACCUUACGGUAAGAAACCGCAUCUUACGGAAAAUAUACCUAACUAAGGACGUUUCGGGAAACGCGUCGGAGCAUUAAGAAACAAUUUAAGGUAGAACUUACGAACGACAUAGCGUUAGAAGGUUUCGGGAAACGCACCGACGAAAACAUAUUUAGUGUCUGUUGUGAAACAUCAAACGGAACUCUUCUUUUUCUGGAUUUUUUUGUGCUGUUAAACUUGAGUGAUAACUAAAGAAGUUGAAUCAGACGAGUAAUAUUCUCUGCACAUGUUCCUCUGUGGAGAAGUUUCUCCGAGUAUUCUGUUGCUUUCCCAAAGACGAACAAAUGCUCAAAAAUACUGUUUUGCAAGUUUGUUACGUGUUUUGUUUGUUUUUUGUUACUUCUCUACAGGUCUAUAAAAAUGACGUAAUGAUGGAUCUUAGAUAUAGUGAACAUAAUUCUGCAAACGUUUUGGUUUGUCUCAGAACAGUAAAGAAGGCGAAACGCUCGUUUUCAGGACCUUCAGGGCAUCGGGUUAAUUUAUUAGUGCCCCGACAGCAGCAGGACUCCAUCCGUGAAGAUAAGUAGCUGCAGAUUCCCCCGCUCACCUGCCCCGGGCUCCAUUAAAGACGGCCACAGGUGUAUCUCGUUCCCCCACAGCAAACAGUGAUGUUUGCCUAGGGAAUUGAUUGACGUUUGGUCGGUUCUGUUCAAUUAUUGUGCGACCGUGGAAAAACAAGGGGAGUGACAAGUAAAGCACAUUUUCCCACGUUGUAUAAACAGCACGAGCGCUGCGUGGGUGCAGCGGGGUCACAUGGCGACAGACACACCUAUGAGAGCCUGCAGUGGCGUCGGGCGGAGGUCCCACGGGCAGGUUUGGAGUGUGCCGCGGCCGCAUACAGCCGGCACAUGAGCAGCUGCGCUACGUUCGCCGGGUCACCAGCAGCCAUGAACCGAGAGGAGCACUUCUACGCCCCUGCGCAGAUGUAUAAGGAGCCGUAUACCUACCAGGCACCUGCUGACGACGAUUACAGCCAGAGUCCUCCACCGUGUCUUUAUAUGGGCAGACAGACCCCCGUGUGCCCCACGCCUUCACUGGGGUCCCUGGACCCGCCAUGCCUCUCCAAUACCGCCUCAUACGACAUGCCGCUGAUGCGGGAAGAUCCCGGAGUGUCCGUGUCCCACGCGCACCUACUCCCCACGCAGCUGCCUCAGCACACGCAUCAGUCCGGGGUGGGUUACGGAAGCCCCGCUGACCUGGUGAUGGUCAGCGACCGGAAUCAGUACCAGCUCCCUUUCCCGUGGAUGAAAUCCACCAAGUCUCACACGCACACGUGGAAAGAGCAAUGGACAGGCCACUGCAUGGCGGAGCUGGAGGACAGCAAGCGCACACGCACCGCUUACACACGCGCCCAGCUGCUGGAGCUGGAGAAGGAAUUCCUGUUUAACCGCUACAUCUCGCGGCCGCGCCGCGUGGAGCUUGCCCUGCUGCUGAACCUCACCGAGCGCCACAUAAAGAUCUGGUUCCAGAACCGGCGCAUGAAGUGGAAGAAGGAGGAGGACCGCAAGCGUGCCAGGCCUGGUCAGCCUGAGCAGGACUGCGCCGUGUCAUCUGGGGGGCCCUCUGGGGGGCUGACUGAGGAGCCCAGUAGUGCCCUAAAGCUGCUGCCACGGGACACUGCGGCCCCGGGCUCCCCUGAGCAGAGCCGCCCUCCCCCUCCAGUGAGUGGGAGCCCACCGCUGUGCCGGUGAGUGGGUGCUGGCCAAGUGUGGCCCAUCGGGUCAGGACCCUGUAUCUGUGAUCAGAAGGUCACCAGUUUAAAUCCCAGGGUGAGCAGAGUGAUGUAACCACUGCUCCCCUGAGCAAGGCCCUUAACCCCUCAGCUGACCAUGCUAUCUCAAAAACAAGUGUCUGCUGAAUAAAUGAAAUGUAACUGAAGAGCAGAGGAGGACAGGAGUGUCUCGCUGGUGUCAGGCUGACGCAGCUGCCAGAGUCCUCACGAGGGGUCCCGGCCCGAGGCUCCAGCUCAACUUGUGGGGCCCCAAUGUGGGGCCCAGCCCACCUCAUAUACUUAAGCUGAAUCCAGCCGACAGCUGCAUUUGUUUUAAAGACUUUGGUUUUCACCAGAAAGUUGAAUUACACUGGUAUACAGUGAUUUUGGUGCCAACAAUGUCUGAACGGUUUUAUAUUAAGUUUAUGGUGCUGAUUAAGAAUAUGACUUCAGUUUCCCCAGAUUGGCUCAAGUGUCUGAGAUAUUUAAUAGUUAAUUAUUUAACGCAACACGUUUGAAAAGCAUUCAGAAUUGCAAGAAUAUUUUAUUUUAGUUACAACUAGUAAGUAAACAGUCUAACAUCAUUCAAAAAAAGAAAUUAUAGGAAAAAGUUAUGUAUGAUUUGAUUAAUUAAUACAAUAUUAAUUAGUUAUUAAUGUCAAUGCUUCACAAAACGCUGUUUUUAUCAAUUUCCAUUUAUGUGUGUCAUCAGGAUAAUCACGUUGGAGACUCCAACAGUAGUCUGCCAUCAUGUGUAUGUCCCAUCUGCCUUGAUAUCUCUCCAUCACCUUCAUAUCCUGGUGGAACCUUUCGCCUUGUUUCUCACUGAAAUCUCCAAGGUUAUCUGGAAAUCUGUUUAAAUGGCUAUGGAGUGCAUCUUUAUGCUCAUAUUAACUCCCAAAUGUCUGAAGUUAGCAAGCAUAUCUUGCACCAAUUCUUCAUAAUUGUCUGCUCUGUGAUUACCCAAGUAGUUCUUCACAACAGAGACAAAAAUCUUCCAGGCUGAAGCCUCGGGGUGUCAUUCAUGCAUUUUGGUAAAAUUGGAUUGUUGAUGCUUUCUCUUCUUGAUGAAGUCAUAAUUUUUACAUGUAUUUAUACACUGUGUGCAGAAUUAUUAGGCAAGUCUGUAUUUCACUUGUAUCUUCUCAACCAACCAAUACGUUGAGUCCAUAUGAAUCUCUAAUUAAGAAUCAACUGUUUAAAAACAGCAAAAUGUUCAGUAUUUGGUCUGAAUACUUUCUGUUUGGAUAAAAACAGGAAAACAUAGAUACUCUCCUGUGCAGAAUUAUUAAGCAAAUUAUUAUUACUAUUGAAAUGGGCCAAAGAGGACCUUGCAAAACGAUCGAAACUGCCAGACUGAUCACUGUACAAUCAAGUGGUUUGUUGCCAACAGCCAAAGAGGACUUAAGAGGCUUUUAGAGAGAAGAUGACACACAUAAACUGUCAAAGUUCUGUGCCAAAUUAAAGGGGAGACUUUCAGAGACUCUUGAGCAUCAAAUGCCAUCAUUUUUCAAAACUGCAAUCUAAACAGAAUCCCCAGACGUUCUAGGUGCAGUGUGCUGCGUGACAAUCCUAAGGUCAUAAACGCUGAAACAUGGCCUCCACUCAGUAAGGCAUGUAAGGUAUAGCAUUAAGAAUGGGCACCGACACAUAUCAAGACUGAUGGUACAAAGGUUUUGGGGACAGAAAGUGACUCUUGAUGGAGCAGAUGGAUGGGCCAGUGGAUUGAAAUCCUCUUCAAGCACUAACAAGGUGGUGGAGGAGGAGAGAUGACAUGGACUGCAAUUAUCAGUGAUGAACUUGUCAUACCUUUCUGACUUGCAGAUUGUGUAAAAAUCAACCACAAGGUCUAGUGCAAAUUUCUAGAAGAUACCUUCUUCAAACACUGGCACAAGAAGAAGUCAGCAGCUUUCUAAGAGGUUAUGAUAUUCCUGCAAGACAAUGCCCCUCCCUAUGCAUCAAAGUAUUUCAUAGAUUGGCCUAGAAAGGCUUGAAACGUGAUAGAAUUAUGGCCUGUCCCCCUUCAUUGCCUGACUCAACCCCAUUGAGACCUACUGGGCCUUACCAAAGUGUGAGAUUUACCAAAGUAGCAAGCAGUACCUUUCUCAGAGCAGCUUCUAGGUGGUAGUCCUAGUUGGCUCAGCUAAUAUAGGACAGGAUCAAAUCAAAAACCUGAUUGGUUCAGUGGGAAACAGGCUCAUGGUGGUCACUGAGAAGAAAAUUGGCUAUACUGGGCAUUAAACUGGGUGAAGUGGGCUGUAUAGAACGGCUGAAAGCUUGUUAAUCCUUAUAUAUACACUGAUAUAUAUACAAAAAUUGUUUCUUAUUUCUGUUGAUGGUGAAGAGAGAAAAUCCACUUAGUUUCUGAUUGCCUAACAAUUCUGCACACUGAUAAUCAAGCGUUUUUCUUUUAUUUUUGUUUGUGAAAGUCAAGUGUAACAUCUCUCUAAAUAAAUUUACUUUGUACACAAGAAAGCUUCUGAAUUCAUUUUUAUAAGUCUACCCAACUUUUGCUAAAAAUGAUCUCCAGGAAUAGUACUUGCCUAAUAAUUCUGCACAGUGUAUACUUAAGACAGAAGUUUUUGGGUAUUAACCAAUGCUGGGUUGACAAACUUAUACUGUAGCCGACUUCUUUCCUCUGCAAAUUCACAGUUGAAUUCUGGCUUCAAAAAGUCGCUUUUAUAGCAUUGUAGGCCUACAAAUUGAAAUACAAAAUAAUUAUAUGGGAUAUGUCAUUACGUAAGACACAGUUAAAGAA